AUGGCUAACGGAAAAGUUAUGAAUUUUGGUGCUGGACCAGCAAAAUUACCAGAAGAGGUACUGGCUGAAGUUCAAAAAGAAUUAGUUAAUUAUGGGAAUACAUAUAUAUCUGUUAUGGAAAUGAGUCACAGAUCAUCUGAUUUUAAUAAAAUAAUUGAAAAAGCUCAAAGAAGUGUUAAGGAAAUACUUAACAUACCUGAUAAUUAUAAAGUAUUGUUUCUUCAGGGUGGUGGUACUGGUCUUUUUGCUGCUGUUGCAUUAAAUCUUAUUUCUAAAACUGGAACUGCUGAUUAUUUAGUUACUGGUUCUUGGUCAGCAAAAGCAGCUAAAGAAGCAGCUAAAUAUGGUAAUGUUAAUUUAGUUUUACCAAAAACUGACAAAUACGAACAAAUCCCUGAUCCCUCGACAUGGAAACUCAAUCCGAACGCUUCUUAUUUGUAUUUUUGCGACAAUGAAACGGUUCACGGAGUCGAAUAUCAAUUUACGCCGAAACCGUUGGAUGGUGUUCCACUUGUUGUUGAUAUGUCAUCAAAUAUGCUCUCUAGGCCAAUCGAUGUAACCAAGUUUGGCGUCAUAUUUGCUGGAGCGCAGAAAAAUAUCGGUCCUGCUGGUGUUACUUUGGUUAUAGUCAGAGAUGACCUUUUGGGAAAACCUUUACCCAUUUGUCCAACGGUCAUGGACUUUACAAUUAUGGCAAAAGAUAAUUCUCUGCAUAAUACUCCUCCAACUUUUGGAAUUUAUGUGGUUGGAAGAGUAUUUGAAUGGAUAAUUGCAAAUGGUGGUGUUGUCGGAAUGGCUGACAGAGCGAAUGCAAAAAGUCAAACCAUUUACAGUAUAAUAAAUAAUUCGAAUGGAUUUUAUACUUGCCCUGUUAAUAAAGACUGUAGAAGUCGAAUGAAUGUGCCAUUUAGGAUCAGAGGUGGAGAUGAUAAACUUGAACAAGAAUUUUUAGCAGGAGCUCAAAAGCUAGGAAUGAUUCAACUUAAAGGUCACAGGUCUGUUGGAGGAAUAAGAGCAUCGCUUUACAAUGCAGUGACAUUAGAAGAAACAAAAGCGUUAGCAAGAUAUAUGUUAGAAUUUUACGAAAAACAUAAAUGA